UUUAAACCAUUCUCCACACAACCAAACACGACCUAAUUAUCCUCCAUGAUUCCCCUCAAAAACAUUCAUCCCCAUUCGCCCUUCAUCUUCUCUGAUCCCAAAACCAAGCCACUUCGCUUCUCUCUCCCGCCCCUUUCCCUUUCUCUUCUCUCACUCAAAUCCCAACUUUCUCUCUCUUCCAAUCUUCUCAGGGUUUCAAAUGCCGGAGUUUCAGUUUGUAGAACUGAAAACCAUGAAGAAGAAGAAAAGAACAAGGGGAUUUCCCAGGAACUUCACGACUUAUCGCCAGAUGGAGCUGUGUAUCAGAAAACGCUGCAAUUGGUUGAAUGUUCAAUGUUUGCUGCACUCACCGGUCUGGUCUAUUUCUUGAGCAAUUCUCUUGCCAUUGAGAACUACUUUAGUUGUUUCUUCUCGUUGCCAAUAGUGAUAUCGUCAAUGAGAUGGGGUGUUGAUGCUGGAAGGAAAACUCUGGUGGCAACAACUAUACUUUUGCUUGUCUUGUCUGGUCCAGUAAAAGCUCUAACUUAUCUGCUUAAGCAUGGUAUAGUCGGUUUCACAAUGGGUACUUUGUGGAGGUUGGGAGCCAGUUGGAAUCUGUCAAUUUUCUUGUGCACAAUUGUACGUGCAGUGGGUGCCGUUGGCUUUGUCUUGAUAUCUUCUUUCUUAAUAAGGGAAAACAUACUAGCUUUGAUCACCAUUAACAUCCAUGCUUCUCUCACAUUUGUUCUCACUGCUUCUGGUGUGAAUUCUAUUCCUUCAAUGAACGUGAUAUAUACCCUAUUUGGCAUUUUGGUGUUGAUCAAUAGUGGAUGUUUCAUGUUUUUGCUCCACUUGUUGUAUUCUGUUUUCCUCACUAGAAUAGGGAUGAAGUCUUCACUAAGAUUGCCAAGAUGGCUGGAGAAAGCUAUCUGAUGCCAUAUGUGUUCUCAGGUGCUCUGCAUAAUUUUCAAUUAAAACGUUAUUAGUUACUUUUUGGGGUUUGAGAGGGGAGGGAUUGGUGCGGUUGUAUAUCAUUUAUAAUGGCAUAACCAUUCAACAUCCUAUAGAGAUUACAUGAUAGAAUAUGAAUCAGAUUGUAGACAGAAACGGUCUUUAUGGAAAAUGUGUUACACUCCAAGUAUUCAACAGACCUAGUGCUCUCCCAAAGAGUUUCCAAA